AUGGCCGAGGGCUCCUGUGGGAUCUGCUUGGACGACCUCAAGAACCCCGUGUCCACUCCGUGCGGUCACCUUCACUGUGAAAAGUGUCUCGUUGCGCACGUCGAGGCCAGUUCUGACGCGAUUACCGCGUCCUGUCCUUCGUGUCGCGCGGCCUUCCCCGUCGCACUACCCGACCUUCGUUUUGUCCCUGCAAAGUUCCACAGAUUCAUAAUCCCGAGUGUCCGACGCGUCUUCGUCGAUGCUCCCACCGAGUCAACCCAGGCUCUCAAGGCGAAUGUGACGCGGCUCGAGGAGCGUGUCAAAAGCCUGGAGAAGGACAAGCUGCUCCUCAUGGAGCGCUGUGAGUCCUCAAUGGCGGCGUCCUCGAAGCAUGCCGAAGGAGAGCGCGAUGCGAGGAUGGAGAGCGAGCGUCUGAAGAAGGACAUGCAGGAGCUGAGAAAGAAGUACGAGGAAGUCAAAAGGAGAUAUAAGGCGCAGAAGGAGACGUGA